AUGACCCGCGGCAAAGACAUCACCCCACUGCUCCGCUCCCGUAUCUGCGAGCUCCACUCAAUCGGCUGGGGCGCGCGGAAGAUCUCCCGAGUGCACCCCGAGCUGUCGCUGAGCGGCAUCGAAUACACCAUCCGCAAGGAAAAGGACCGCGUGAACUGCGUCACCCGACCACGGCCCGGUCGACCCAAGAAGCUCUCAGAGGACAAGCGGGCGCUCAUCCGGGCGAUGGUCGAGGCCGAUCCCGCCGUCAAGAGUGCGGAGCUUCUGGAGGCGGUGGGAAAUGCGAUUACCAAGCGGUCGCUGCAGUAG